CACACUUCUUUGUCCUCGGGACAUUUUGAGGAGACGAAACUGGGCUGGCCAGGCCCAAAGUACACCGGAACAGAAGCAAAUGAAGGUGGGCACCGUACCUACACCGCAAUAAAUCCAUGCCUACCGUUCGUCUGUCUCACCGCGACAGAACUCUUCCGAGUGGGACAUUUCACCAAACGCUGUGACACAAAGGGGAAGCCAACAAUCACAGCGAACGUCAUCAUCACUUUCGAUUCCUGA